AUGUAUCUUUCACAGGGAACAAGAUCGUCGAUAAUAAACGCAAACAUCACCAGGAUAAGGAGAGUAGUCCCUUUGAACCCAAGACAAACCGCACUUCUCGAUGUUCAUAAUGCUACAAAAAUCAACGAUGAGAUUUUAUCGUUAGCAGAGAGUCAAAAUGUGAUUCCUGAGAAAAAUAGCGUUAAAGGCAGGUUGGACCAACGAGUGGAUCAAUCGAGAAUUGUGUUGGUAAACGCUGGUGAUGUAAAAGGGUUGGAAAAUUUAAAGCAUGUUCUGUCUGUCGUUGAAUACGAACCGCAGAAAAUUAGUAAGAUAGGAAAAAGGAAAAUUGCGGAUUCUUAUAACAUCAAUCCUGAUACCACAGUUGCCAGCCGCGAAAGCGCGAGUCCAGCAACUCCAGACGUUACGAACACUUACUACGAAGUACCACGAACCGACCAACCCAAGAAACUCGUAACAAUACCGCAAUAUAAUUCCAGACCCAACCAAGGCAGCCAGAAACCACUUAAGAUCGAUUCAAAAUCAAAAUCUCGAGACCCAGAGCACAUAUACCGAGUCACAGUCUCGAAAGCAAUCAAAGGAAAGUAUUCUAGAACUCACUCCGUAAUUACUACAACACCUUCCGGCAACGAUUCUUAUCCGGCAAAAGUUAGUAGACGGAAGAAAAGUCGCAAACGAGUGACGAGUAAACCUGCACAGCAAGUAGAAUCAUCCAGCUUCACUGAAAAUACCGAAAAUUAUCCUAAAGAAUUCCUGAAGUCCGGAGGAUUGACAAGGAACGAAAAUAAGAAUAAAUCGAGGAGAUUAAGUUUACAAGCCAAGUUACCCAAGUACGAUAUUGCGCCAAGACCAUUUUCCAUAAGCAGAUACUCUAAAGAAAGCCAGGAAGACAAUUUGGAGAAAAUAAAUGGUAAAGAAAUAGCGUCUGACGAGAUUCGAAGCAUCGGCGAUAGAAAUAUUCGUCGAAAUACUGCGAAGAUAGAUAGUGGCCACUCGAGUGGUUACAGAAAUUCUUUGCCUGGGUUAAAUAAGAAAUUGUACGAAAGGAAAGAUGGUGAAGGCAGUUCGACGAUCCGAGUGAACGUGAAAGAUGGUCCUCUGUCUACCGAUGUUCGAAAAUCUUUGGAAUCUGAUGUCAAUAGAGCCAGUGUUCCUUACGAGGAUUCUCAGAUCUCCGAAGAAAAUGGUUCUUUCGAAGAUAAAAGUUCUAAAUCUGAUGUUGAUAGGCAUAGUCAUAAAAAUUCCCAAAUCUUUGUGAGAAAUGACUCGUUGGAAGACGAGGCCUCUGUUAAUCAUCGCGAGUCUUCUAAAUCUGAUGCUUCCAGACAGAAACACAAGAAUUCUGAAAGGAAAUAUUCCGACAGAAAUGGUUCUUUCGAAGAUAAAAGUUCUAAAUCUGAUGUUGAUAGGCAUAGUCAUAAGAAUUCCCAAAUCUUUGUGAGAAAUGACUCGUUGGAAGACGAGGCCUCUGUUGAUCAUCGCGAGUCUUCUAAAUCUGAUGCUUCCAGACAGAAACACAAGAAUUCUGAAAGGAAAUAUUCCGACAGAAAUGGUUCUUUCGAAGAUGAAAGCUCUACCGAUCAUCAGCCAUCUUCUAAAUCUGAUGCCGAUAGGCACAGUCCUUAUAAGAAUUCCCAAAUCUUUGAGAGAGAUGACUCGUUGGAAGAUGAGGCCCCUACUGACCACCGUGAGUCUUCUAAAUCUGAUGCUUCCAGAGCCACAUAUAAAAAUUCCGAAAGAAAAUAUUCCGACAGAAAUGGUUCUUUCGAAGAUGAAAGCUCUACCGAUCGUCAACAAUUUUCUAGACCCGAUACUGUCAGACUCAGACAUUAUAAAAGUCCUCGAAGAAAGUUCUCUGAAAAAGAUGGUUCAUCCGAAGGUGGAAGUUCAGCUAAUGAAUCGACAAAUGGUAAUAAUCGAUACACCAGUGGGUCGGAUCUAGGUAAAUCUUCCGAAGAGUCAUCGGUAAUCUCAGCGAACUCGAAUUCUUAUGAAAGCAACAAAACUCCAGCAGUUACUGUUCAUUCGGUAAACCCCAUAGUCUCCACUCUGUCACCUUACACAACAUCCAAUUUACAUUCUAAUAACUACGUUUACUAUCCGCCAUUGUUGCCCACACUGGCACCGACAAACCAAGCUGAGCAAAAUGACGCAAAGAUACAAGAAAACGAUAAGCAAGAUAGUAGAGAAGCUUCUGAUGGUGUGGCGGAAGCUACGAAUAUCGCAAACGACAAAAGCGGGAAUUUGAAAAAGGGCAGGAAAUAUGAAAUACAGGGAAAGUCAGACGAGGGCCAUCAGACUGGAAAUCAUGAUUUACAAAGUCACGAGUAUAUUCGUGACAGUGAACGUGUAUCUAAAGAUGUAAAAGACGAUUCUGAUGGAUUUACGAAGGACGAAGACAAUUAUGGUCAAUAUGCGCAGAAGUAUGACGACAGGGUGGAGGAAGAUGUUGCAACCGAUGGCUCGCAUAAUAACGAGAGUCAUCAGAGUGCAAAAGAGGGUGCAGCGAGUGGCGACGCAGGUGGAAAGGGUGGUGAAGGGAAAUUUGAGAAGGGUGGAGCCACGGAACGCAAGCAAGAGCAUCGUGAGAGCGACGAUGAAAAAGGGGAGAAGGGUUACAAAAGCUGGCACGAGGAGGAGAAAGCUGAUAAGGGUCAUCACGACAAGGAACGGCACAGCAAUUAUUUCGACGAGAAGGAUGGCGCAAAGAAAGAUCAUAAAGAGGAGGGUGAAUACCACCAAGAACACGAUGAGGGCGAGAAAGGUGAAAAAAAGGCGGCAUUCGACGAAAAUGGGAAACAUCAGAAGGGUUACAAUACCAAGGGACAACACUUCGUGCACAAAAAGGAUGAGUUCGAGAAACGAACCGAGUUCUUCGACGAGUUCCACGAGGACGGUGACAUGGAAAACGACGGCGAACAUUAUCACGAGCACAAAAUGUCCAAAGGCGGUCACUACAAAGAAGGUCAUCAUAAUAAAGAUGACCACGAAGAAAUGCAUGGGAAGAAAGGCAAAUACGAGAAAGGCGGUCAUUACGAUGAUGACAAAGGUCAUAAGGUUAAAGAGGGCAAGGAUAGUCACUACGAACAUGAAAAUAUGUAUGGAAAGAAGAAAAAUCAUCAUGAUGGAAAAAAAUGGAUGUAUAAGAAGGGCGAUGGCGGAAAUGGAGCUGAUAAAAAGGGACACUGA